AUGAAGUUCAAAGCAGCAACACUGGUCUUGGCCAGCUUGCUCCUGGAAGCAACCUGCGCCUCCACCCCCUCCAGAAACCCCAAACACAACUGGCUAGCCCGCCAGGACGACACAGAGUCACUCCCAAUCUACAAGAACGCCUCCUACUGCGUCGACGCGCGCGUCCAAGACCUCGUGCAACGGAUGACAGUCGAAGAGAAAGCCGGCCAGCUCUUCCAGACUCAGCUCCAACAGGGCCCUAACGGCACCCUCGACCCGGGCAACGCCACGGCGCACCGCAACGGCACAGAGAAUAUGAUUGUCGAGAAGCACAUCACGCACUUCAACCUCGUCGGCGACAUCACCAACGCGAAGCAGGUCGCCGAGUUUGUCAACCUCGUUCAGCAGCGCGCCCUCGACACGCGGUUGGGUAUCCCCGUGACUCUCUCCACCGACCCCCGGCACCACUUCACCGAGAACAUCGGCACCGGGUUCCAGGCCGGGGUCUUCUCCCAGUGGCCCGAGACUCUCGGCCUUGCCGCCUUGCGGGACCCCUCUCUCGUCAGAAAGUUCGCCGAGGUCGCCCGUGAGGAGUACAUCGCCGUCGGCAUCCGCGCCGCCCUGCACCCCCAAGUCGACCUCGCUACCGAGCCACGAUGGGCGCGUCUAGGUAACACCUGGGGCGAAAACGCGACCUUGACCAGCGAGCUCCUUGUCGAGUACAUCAAGGGCUUCCAAGGGAACGAGAUUGGCCCGCAUAGCGUGACGACCGUGACCAAGCAUUUCCCCGGCGGCGGUCCGAUGGAGAAUGGCGAAGACUCGCACUUCACAUACGGCAAGAACCAGACAUACCCCGGAAACAACUUUGAGUAUCAUCUCACCCCCUUCAAAGCGGCGAUCGCGGCCGGCGCGAGGCAGAUGAUGCCGUAUUACUCGCGGCCCAUCGGCUUGACUCACAACUCCACCGACUACGAGCCCGUCGGGUUUAGCUUCAACAAGCAAAUCGUCACGGACCUUCUCAGGACCCAACUCGGCUUUGAAGGCAUCGUCGUCACUGACUGGGGUCUGAUCACUGACACGGUGAUCGCAGGCCAAGACAUGCCGGCGCGCGCGUGGGGUCUCGAGAACACCACGGAGUUGCAACGCGCGGCCCGCAUCCUCGAUGCCGGCUGUGACCAGUUCGGCGGGGAGCAGCGUACCGAGCUCAUCGUACAGCUGGUAAAUGAAGGCAUCGUGUCUGAAGACCGCCUCGACGUCUCCGUCACACGUCUCCUUCGUGAAAAGUUCCUCCUUGGGCUCUUUGACAACCCCUCUGUCGACCCCGAGGCCGCGACUAGAGUUGUCGGGAACGACUACUUUCUCCGUCUCGGCAACGACGCCCAGCGCAGGGCCUAUACUCUUCUCACAAACAAGGACGACAUUCUCCCUCUAAAGCACAGUAGCACCGAGACCAAGUUCUACAUUGAGGGGUUCAACGCCACCUUCCUCGAGGCGCGCAACCUGUCGGUCGUCGAGACGCCAGACGAGGCUGACUAUGCCUUGCUCCGCCUCGAAGCCCCCUACGAGCCUCGUCCGGGCGGCUUCGAAGCGGCCUACCACGCCGGCUCGCUCGAGUACUCGGAUGAGGAGAAGGCACGUCAGGCGGCGAUCUACGCGGCGGUGCCCACCAUUGUCGACGUGAUCCUGGAUCGCCCGGCCGCGAUACCCGAGGUGGUUGAAGCCGCUUCUGCUGUGUUGGGCAGUUUCGGGAGUGGCAGCGAGGCUUUCUUGGACGUGCUCUUUGGUGUCAGCAACCCCGAGGGCAAAUUACCGUUCGAUCUGCCACGGUCACAGCAGGCGGUAGAGGAUGCGAAAGAGGAUGUGCCGUAUGAUACGGCGGACCCUGUGUUUCGAUUUGGGCACGGGUUGCGCUAUGCGGACAAGUGUUCACUGUGA